AUGGAUCUUCUCUCGACGGUCCGCAAAACGGGCUCCCGCGGCGGUGUCAACUUCAGCUGGGACGAUGUCGCCACAUCCCAAUACCGCGAAAACUACCUUGGCCACAGCCUCAAAGCGCCCGUUGGGCGUUGGGCGAAAGGCCGCGACCUGAACUGGUACGCCAAGUCGGAUCCGACAGCGGCCGAUUCAAACGAGACAGAGGAAGAGAGGGAAGCGCGUGAGCGACGGGAGGAAAUUCGCAAGAUUAAAGAAGCCGAGGAAGAGGCUAUCUCACGAGCGCUGGGACUACCUAUCAAACCGCGAGACGCGACGGGCGCGAAUGCGGUGGAGGUGGAGGGGUCGAAGAGGAACCAAAUGAGGCCUCAGCGCCGAGGUCACGGAGAGACAGGCAUAGAGAUUCGGAUCGGGACAGGGAAUCGGACCGCCGGCGUAGGAGGAGGCAUAGGAGCCGUGAUCGGCAGCGGGAUCGCGAAGGGGGUAGAGAUCGCGACCGUGACCGCAGCCGGAGCAGGGAGAGACGGCGCGAGGGCGCUGACGACAACGAAGUGCGCAGCCGCCGGAGGAGGAGCAGGAGCAGGAGUAGGAGCCCUGACAGGCAUCGAGAACGUGACGGAGAGAGAUACCGGAACCGUGAGCGCAGCCGGAGCAGGGAGAAGCGGCAUGGCAAUCGCGACGACAAAGCAGGUCAUAGCCAUCGAAGGCGGAGCAGGAGCCGCAGCCCAGGGCGCGGCCACGGCCGGGAAGAAAGGCGAGGGGGCCACAAAUGAGCUCUCUGAAUAUAGCGGCCUUGACGACAACACGGAGGUUAAAUAA